AAUGGGAUCACCAAUAUCCCCUAUAGUAGCAGAUAUAUUUAUGGACAGUUGGGAAGAUAUAGCUCUUAAUGCAUUUAAUCCUACUCCAAAAAUAUGGUGGAGAUAUGUGGAUGACGCUUUCGCAGUAUUAAAAACAGAACAUAUCUCCAGCUUCCUGACACACAGAGAAAAGGGAAUAAAAUUCGCAUUUGAAUCAGAAAAUGAACAAAGAGAAUUAGCCAUGUUAGGUUGUAAAUUAAAACAAACAGAUGAAGGUAAACCACAUACUGGUGUUCAUAAAAAGCCAACAUAUUCUAAUAGAUAUUUAGACUUUAAUUCGUCUCUUCCGUUAACUGUUAAGAUAGGCUUAGUGAAGUGUCUAACACACCGAGUUAUAGCACUAAGUAGUACAAAAAGGACCUAAGUGAUGCGAUGAAACACCUAGAAGAAGCGUUGGUGUUGGACAGCUAUCCUAUAAAAUUCAUUAGGUAGAUCAGAAAAGAUCAAAAGCGAAAUAAAAACAAUAGUGAAACUAAUAUUGAUAAUAUAUAUAUAUAUUAGUGUAUGCGUAUAUUGAUCGAUUGAUUUUUGUUUAAAAUGAACUCUGUGC